CAACAGUCUCGACCACACCUUCAUCGCAAGGAGUAGCAUUCAUUAUACAAGAAAGGAUACAUUAUACAGAGAACAUAUAUAAAGCAAACACCAGUCUUGGUCUAAAAAAACAAUAGCCUUCGUCUUGACAAGAAACCACGUGGCCUUUGUGGGGGAGACAAUGGUGUUGCCGACGACUGUUUCGCUUCUCAUCAUGCUAACCCUUCAAGGUACCUGUCUCACAGUUGCCGCACCUUCAAGCCCCAGUCCAACAACCUACAAACCCAUCAACCCACCGCCCUUUGACCCUUUCACCAACAGCGACUCGGGUAUCAUUAUUGUAGUCAUGCCGAAUAGUGAGACACCUGUCCCAGGUUUCUACUCAGAGCUUUCUACAACUACACCCGGUGCUCCCACCGACACGUCAUCAGCAAUCGUGCCAACAACAGCAGCGCCUCCCGCGACCAGCACCCUUCAGCCUCCAGCUUCCGAGACUCAACCUGUGCCGUUCCUCAACGAGUCUGUACUGGCUCCAGCACCGACAAGACCUCCUCGCCCCGCGGCACCCGUCAACCAGUUUCAGCCGCUCUGGCAAAACCCAUUCCUGUUCACUUCCUUUGCCGGGAACGACAACUUUAAAGAAAGGUUGCCUUUCUUGAUGACUGGGUUUAUGCAGCAGCAGCGGCAACAACAACAACAACAACAACAACAACAACAACAACAACAACAACAACAACAACAACAACAACAGCAGCAGCAGCAACAACAACAACAGCCGCAACAACAGCAACAGCCGCAGCAGCCGCAGCAACCGCAGCAGCAGCAACAACUGCAACCGUCCCAAGGUGUAAGCCCGCUUGACCAGUUAGCUCCUCUGUUGUCCAUGAUGUCUGACAGUUUCCGCUCUCUGUGGGGGGCUAACGUGCUGUCCAAGAGUCUGGGGGGCGGCAUCCUUGGGAACACUUUCGCCUACUCUACCUUCGACUUGCCAGACUACUACUGGCUCCUGCGCUCUCGUCUGAUGGGACUCGGCCCCCCUUCCAAUCAGUCAGUGAGGACAUUGAGAUCAAGGCCAGUUAAUCCUUUUCUCCUAGGACUCGUUGAUAUUUAAGCAACGGUGAUUGCACUAAAACUUGACGGACGACAGCGAAUUCUGUUCUCAACAUUUCAAAUGGCUUUUUGCAUAAUAGUAAAUGUAUACGCAGACUUCAAAGAACUCAAAAAUUUUUACUAUGUGAAUAACUCAAAUAUUAUUACUAAAAUAUAUUGUAAAUAAAUCAAAGCAGCCAACUCAACCAUACGAUAUGAACAGCAGAUGCCGUUAGAAAAUUGUUUAUUGUAAAAAUUGAAUUCAAUUUUGAAUAUGAGCAUCUUAAAAAAAAGCACGAUUCUUUCAAAGUUUCAAGAAGUCGCCAAGAGACCAGAUAUUACUAGAAGUGUGAUGUACUUCACCAGCUGAAAACCUUUUUGUGGUGACUUAAAAAGACAAAGAUAGUCUGAUGACUGAUCACAGAGUGAGCAGUGUUUAGAUGAGGUGGUGAAAGUACAACGUGAAUUGUAAACGGACAACCGUAAUGUACUGGAAAAAUCAGGCUUUACGACCCAAUGCAGUUUAAAAAAAAGAAAGAAAAAAAAAACCCCAAUCGUUUCAUAUAAGCUACCAGAUUGUGUUGAAUAACACGAGGACCUCCUUGGAAAAGACUGGAAUGGAUCCAGAGUGUAUUCACCCAUAAAUAAAAAUGGCAUCAUCAUUUAGAAACUCCGAUCGACUGUACAGAAACUAUUGUAGCAGAUCAGAAUGUUCACUGUUAGUCCUGUGUUCAUCUAGUUUAGUCCAUAGAACUUGGGUGUGUCCAUGUCAUUGGCACGAAAGCUUGUCAUGUCCACGUGACUACACUUCCACGUGAACCGUGAACAUGCGUUUUGCAUACGUGUGUGUGAAAGAAAGAGACAGAGAGAACGAUCAAAUAGUGAGAGAAAGGAAAGAAAGAGUUAAAUAAAUAAAUAAAGAAAGAAACACGGACUGUUUCCUUCUGGACUGACAUAUAAAGCAUUACUACCUCUUUCACUUUAGUCCGUUCGGCUGCCAGUAAUUAUUCAUAUGAAAUAUGAAUAAUGAAUAAACUUUAUUUAAAAAA